AUGUCGUGCGAGGAAUAUUGCGAGAGCAAAGGGUUGAAGAAUGGGUUAAAGAUUGAGAGAGAUUUUGAAGGGUGGGUGGAAGAGAAGACGUGCAAGGAGUUGAAUUUUGCGCCGACGCAAGAGGAGCACUGGCAGAGGAUGGGAGUGAGUGGCCCUAGAGAAGCGGUAGGAAGGAUGGGGAAAGCGGCAAACGCGAAAGAGCAUUCGAGGAAGUGUUUGCACACGAAUCCGAACAUGUAUUUUUAUCGACACUGCAAACCGGGGGAAGAGCCGAAGUGGGGACCUUGGGAGGAAGACGAGAUUCAGUUGUUCUUGGAGACGGCGAUAAAACACGGAGCAGGGGAUAAUUGGGGGUUAUUUUCCUCGUACAUUCCAGGGAGAGUUGGGUACUCGUGUAAUCAAGCCUAUCGUAGCAUUAUGUUGCCGAGAGGAUUGAUUUUAGACGACCAUUAUUUGAUGACCGAGAGCGGCAAAACAAUCAUUAGGAAGAAAAGAACGGGAUUGAAGAAAUACACGUGUUGA